CUUGCUUCCACCAUGCGCAUCAUCGUCAGGGCACUUCUUUGACCUUCCGCAACUUGCAAACCAGGCAGGCUUCAAUUCGCACUCCAUUAAUACAACGCGGUCACCCAUUCACAAUGGAAUCCGGACCUAUGUCGGUGGAUAGUGCAGCCCUGGACCCCCCUCCCGAGCCCGAGAACGGCGCAAAUGAGCCAAAGCACGGCGGGCAUUCGAGGUUCGAACUCGAACUCGAGUUUGUCCAGUCGCUGGCGAACCCGCAAUAUCUCAACUACCUCGCAUCCCGCAAGUUCCUGGCGAACCCCUCCUUCGUCGCGUACCUCGAUUAUCUGCAGUACUGGACACGCCCUCCGUACCUGAAGUACCUCACAUUUCCGACCGCGACUCUCAAGAUGCUCGAGCUCCUGCAACAGGAGAAGUUCCGGCAAGACAUCAUCAGCCCGGAUCUCGCGCAAGCCCUGAUCAUGGAAGGGAUGAAGACGGCGGUGGAAUGGCAUCGUGAAGGCUGAUGCGGCUUCCUGUUCGGUACUAGAUGGACAGAUUAGGAGACACCCGAGCCGAAGUUUUGUGUCGCGUCACCUGCGAAGUGGUUUACGCUUAGCAGGAGAGGGAGAUGGCCGUACAGCAGUACAUUCCCACGACCACAAUGCUGAGCAGCAGCCUCCAACCUGCAACGGCACUUCGCCCUUAGGGGCAGAGGAGAGUAAGAGAACACGUCGGCGGUCAGAGACUAGACAUAAAGGACGUGGCCCGCAAGGAUCCAAGGGUCCAAAAUCAUCGACAUGCAUAUUGCCUACUUAGUUGAGCACACCCUUAAAGAAGAAACAAAAGUACCCAA